AUGUCGGCCUUCACCACGAACGCAGGCACUACGUCAAAAGAUUCCAUUAAAGUUGCAGUGCGGGUCCGACCAUUGAACGCUCGUGAGACAGCGGCCAGAUUGCCUUCGUCUGUCAAGGCCAACAGCGAUCGUGCAACAGUGACGGUUAUCAGUGUUCGGCAACGGAACAACACCUGCCCGGAAAAGAAGACGUUCCAGUUUGACAAUGUGUUUUGGUCGCUGAACUGCCCCGAUGAGUGCGGCAGCAAGCCGGUGGGGCAGGCCGAGGUGUACGACGCGAUUGGUCGGCCGCUGGUGGCGCAUGCGUUCAACGGGUUCAACUCGUGCCUGUUUGCAUACGGGCAGACCGGAAGCGGCAAGACAUACACGAUGAUGGGGGGCGACCCGAACGCGCUGGGUGGCGCAGACGCCGGCGUGACGCCGCGGCUGUGCCUGGAGCUGUUUCAGAUGCGUGAGCGCGUCGAGGCGGAGGGCCACUCGAAGUGGGCGGUGGAGGUGGGGUACAUCGAGGUGUACAACGAGCGCGUGUCGGACCUGCUGGCGAGGCGGAAGAAGGGCGCGAAGGAGGAGGAGUUUGUGGAGGUGCGGGAGCACCCGACGCGUGGCGUGUUCGUCGAGGGUCAGGAGCUGCGUGAGGUGUCGAGGCUGGAGGACGUUGUGGCGCUCAUCGAGGCUGGCAACAGCGUGCGGCAUACCGCCGCGACGAAGAUGAACGACCGCAGCAGUCGCAGCCACGCGAUUCUCACGCUGAUACUGCGCGAGGAGCGGUCGAUGCAGACGGCGACGGGGCAGAUCAUCACGACGGCUGGCAAGAACAGCCGGAUGAACCUUGUGGACCUUGCGGGGUCUGAGCGUGUUGCGCAGUCGGAGGUGGUUGGACAGCAGUUCAGCGAGGCG